AUGAUACCUCUAACAAUACACCUAGAACUCUUUCACAUAACUGUUCUCCAGCAUCUUCUCUUGUUGCUGGAGGAGCUAAAAGUGCAUCAUUAAUACCAAUAAGAAACAAUAAUAAGCUUUCCCAAGUUUCUCUAUCUAAAGUAGCAGGCCCUCUUGCAAUUUGUUGCAAUGUUCUAAGCACUCUAUGACAUAAAACAGCUUGCCGAUUAAUUGUAUCUGUUCCUGUAAAUAAUAUUUAACAUUUCACAAACAUUAAGUAUUUAUAAUUGUCAUUAAAAUGUUAUUCCUUUAUGCAAUAUUCUUUGUGUAAUAUAAUUAUUUUAAUUACAAAAUUACCUAAAUCCUGAUAUAAAAAUGGCCAGACUAUGAAAUAAAAAAUAAUAAUAAACUAUUAGACGAAUAAUAAACAUUAUAAUAAACAUUUAAUCAAUAUUAAAUUCUCUUAAAGUUAAUUAUUCAUACCAUUACAAAGUUAAUUAUUCAUGCCUUAUAAAAACUUUAUAUAAAAAAUUGAAAAAAGAUAGAAAAGACAUAAGUGAUUUAUUUUACCUUCUCCUUUUCGUGGAACAAAUAGAUUAUGGAAAUGACUGAUUAUUUUUCUAGCGUAGAAAUUAGGAUCAUCUAUAAUUGGUUUAGGUACACAUAUCUUUGGUGUAGAAUAUAAUGCGGAUAACCACUCGCAAUAUACAUUAACACAAUCUCUAACAGUAUCAUGUUCAGCCAAAGUAUGACGUCCCGUAGUUACACAAAAUCUUACAGCCGCAAGGUCAGUAGUAUGACACCUGGAAGUAUUCAAUUUGAUAAGCUUUUUAGGGAAAAUAGCAAUCGACCUUCUGCUGCUAAAUCAGCAGGCACUGUUGGAAAAUGGGGUAUAACAUCUUUUACAUCUAUAAGAAGUACAAAUAUCAAUGGAAGAAGAGAUGAUAUUCAUAAUACUUUUGGUGCAAAAAGAAUAAAACUUGAUUACGGGAAUCAGAAUGCUCGUGUAAAUUCUGGAAAAGAUCCAUUUUCCUUUGAAACUGAUCCUGACAAUAAAUCAGAUGUUGCACCACCAGUUGUUAAACCUAAGAAAUUUUUUAAAAGUAGAAAUGUUCCACCUUCAGUAGAAGAAUCUCGCCAAGAUGUGGCAAUAUACAGACAAGUACCUGAUUCACAUUAUGGCAAAGCCCGUGCUCAAAAAAUCUCUUCACAACCAUCACUACCACCACAACCAAAACAAUCUUUAACAAAAGUACCAAAUGCUCCAACUAAAAAAAUAGCAGAUGCUUUAGAAGGAACCAAUAGUGAUCCUCCUAUUAGAGAAGAAGGGAAGCCCCCUAUUGUAUUGAGAAUAUGUAAAGGUACAGCACGACUAGUCUAUGGAAGUAUGCAGAACACUCAACAGUCAGAAUCUGAAACAUAUAGAAUUUCUACACCUCUUAUCAGUCCCACAAAAAUAGAUAUGGAACGUAAAAACUUUAAUGUAGAUAUGAAUAUUAAAUCUGAUCAUAAAGCAGUUCGUUCUCAAGAACCUAUUAUCUCCACUGUAUCAAUACCUUUAGAAAAUUCAGAAAUGCGCAGAACUACUCGUAGUCGAACAAAAAAUCUACAAUUAGAUUUAACAACAUCUUCUAUUGUAUCCACAGCACCAGUAACCCCUAAUUCACACAGUUCUGGUCUUUCUUUAACCCUUAGAAAAUCUGUUACUGAUUCCAACAAUACAUUGAUAUCUCAUUACGAUAUUGUUAAGACUGAUUGUGGUUCUACAUACUCUUGUAAGCCAGCAAUUGAACCAUUAAUUGGGCGUGAUCAACCACUGCCAACUACAACUCAAGAAUUAAUUGAUAUAUUGUCAAGUGAUUCUGAUCCUAUGCAAACAAGACCGAUGAUAAUAAAUACUUCAGAGACUGAAGAAAAUACAGAAGUCGUUCCAGGUGAAGUUCAACAUUGUUCUAUAGAUAUUCCAACAAAUGAAGUAGUUUCUGGAUCUGCUUUGCGACAUGAACCAAAGUCAGAACCAGUACCAGAACCAGAAACAGAACCAGAAUCAGGACCAGGACUAGAACCAACACUAGGAUCAGGAACAGAAACAGAACCAGAAGCUGAACCAGAUCCAGGUCCAGAACCUGAUCCUGAAGUAGAAAUAGAGCAAACUGCACGUAUUAUUGAUAAUGAUACAGCUACAGCUAAAACCUUAGUUGAUCAAGAUUGGUUUUCUGGGAGCGAUGACAGUGAGGGUGUGAGUGGUAAUACAGAAACUGAUAUAGCAUUACAUGUAACUAGUACAGUCACAGAAUCACAACCAUUAAAUACUCCAUGUACAACUAUACAAAAACCUGCUACUAAAAAAGGUAGUAUUUUUAAAAGUCGCUCAACAGGUGCAACAAAUGGAAAUAAAAGAAGAGCAUUGUAUAAACACAAGUGGUGUGAUAGUGAUAAAGAAUCUGGUACUACAGAUACUUCUAACGUUGGAAAUAGUACACCUACUAUUGCUUCAGGAUCUCAUAGUGGCACAGAUCCUGUAGUUUAUGAAGAAGAAUUUGAUCCAUCACAAUUAACAAGAGUUGUAACAUAUCCUGAAGCUGAUACAGGUUUUGAAGAUGAAUCUGAUGCCAUAACUAGCGUUCGUUGUGGUAGGAAAAUAAAAGGAUUCUAUACUGUAGUAAAAAAUGUGAAGAAAGCUCAUCAAAUUCAGGAAAGUGGAGAAUUUCAAGAGUUUAAUGAUGAUGUUGAAUAUAUAUUAGACACUUUAAGAGAAAAUAAUCCAAAUGCUACUCGUUGCCUUUCAGCUAUAAGAUUGGCAAGCAAAUGUAUGGCACCUGCAUUUCGUAUGCAUGUACGUGCUCAUGGUACUGUUGCUAAAUUCUUCAAAGCUCUUCAUGAUGCAACGAAGGAUCAGAGUCUUGCUCUAUGUACAGCAACAGUAAUGUUUGUAUUAAGUCAAGAUCGUUUAGCUAUGGAUUUAGAUCGCGAUUGUUUAGAAUUAAUGUUAAGUUUGUUAGAAUCUGAUGCCAGUCACAAAGAUGCACUUGAUGAUUGUGGCCUUAGUCGGGCAGAACUUCUAAAAAAUAAAGAAAAAGUACGUCAGUUAUGUGCUGAUAUUCAAGCUCAAGGACAUGCAAAACAUUUAAAUCUUGAUAAUAUAACUGUUGGUCAACUUGCUAUGGAGACACUUCUUAGCCUUACAUCAAAACGUGCUGGUGAAUGGUUUAAAGAAGAGCUUAGAGAAUUGGGAGGUUUAGAACAUAUUGUAAAAACAAUUAGAGAUUGCCAUCGUCAUAUUAAUACCCAAAAUAUUACGAAAUCUGGCUGGACAGAUCCAUUAUUAGACAAAUUACGUAAAGUUGAUAGAUGUUUACGUGUAUUAGAAAAUGUUACUCAUAUGAAUGAAGAAAAUCAAGUAUAUUUAUUAAAAUAUGAGAAUGGAAUUUUAGUCAGCACUUUAGCAAAUUUAUAUUAUCUUUGUGGACAAGAAAUUCCUAUAUAUCCUACUAUAGAUCCAAGCGAUAAAACUUCCACUGCUUUCGGAAGUAAAUCACUAGGCUCUCAACCAGGUGUUCUAGAUUGUAGUUUGUAUCUUUUAUUGCGCGUUCCCGAAUCACUUCCUGAAGAAAAACGUUUUGAUAUGAUGAUGUUAGCUUUGAUUUUAUUGAUAAAUUUAGUAGAACAAUGUGAUGAUAAUAAACAACUGCUUAUUGAAUCUAAAACACCGCCAUCAACAGAAAAUAUUUUUGACAAAGAAAGUGGAGUAGAAUGUUUAAUUGAUCUAUUUUAUAAACAAGAAGAAUUGGCUCGUGCUGAAGAACAAAAAACCGAUGCUAUUUUAGAUGGUAAAAAAGAUUCUGAGCAAACAGAGACUGUAUCAACAACAACAAAAUCUCAAGAAGAAUUCAUUGAAGAAACUGUCACAAAAUGUUUGUAUAGAUUAUGAAUUGUUGGUACGUAGUAGACUUCCAGAUAAUAAUUUUACUACUAUGGUGUCUGUACUUCAAAAAUUCUUCAAUUUCAUGAAUUUAACGGCGUCGAAUGAAGUAAGCAGCUGUGGAAUUGCUGCUACUGAGAAGGUGAUUAAGUUCCUAAAAGUCUCAGAUGCCCGUAUUGAAGAAGAAAAAAGUGAAUUACCAUUAUCAGCGAGUAUCAAAACUCAAAUUACAUUGCCACUUCAAUGGUUAAAUAUUACAUUUAAUAUAUUAAGAACUAAUUCAUCAUCUUCAUCUGAUUCUUCUAAUUCUUCUGAUUCUGAUUCUGAUUCUACAACUUCUAAUGUUAGUAGUAAAAUGCAUUAACCCAAGCAGCUAAAGCUUUAACUGCAACAUCCAUCCAAGAUAAAGAAAAAAUUCUUUCAGUUUUAUUAAAUACAAUUGAUAAAAUUCAGACUGUAGAUAAAACAUCAAAUAAAAGGUUAAAUAAAUAUGAAGUUAGAAAGAAAGAUGAAUCUUUAUGGCAUCAAAGCAAGCAAAAUAACGUUGAAACUAUUAAGAAUUAUAAAGAAAAACUUCAUCAUAAUGUAUUACAAUCUAAAAACAUAAAAUUUAAUAGAGAAGAGUUUGAAAAAAUAUAUGAAACAGAAAAAGAACCAUCUAUAAUUCAUGAGUUAAAGAGUCAGCAAAAAGGAAUAAAGGAUAUCAGUGGUAAUUCAGAAAGAGAACCAUCUAUAAUUCAUGAAUUAAAGAGUCAGCAAAAAAGAAUAAAGGAUAUCAGUGGUAAUUUUGAAACAGAACCAUCUAUAAUUCAUGAAUUAAAGAGUCAGCAAAAAGGAAUAAAGGAUAUCAGUGAUAAGUUUGAAAGAGAACCAUCUAUAAUUCAUGAAUUAAAGAAUCAGCAAAAAAGAAUAAAGGAUAUCAGU